GUCAGCUGUUCGAUGAGGAAGUAAACAACAUUGAACUGAAGGGACAACAGGACGGAGACAGGACCGGCUCUACAAAUGACAUCUCUGAUUUGCACUUUACAAGACCAUCGAGAUGAUGUCAACUGGUGUGCCUUCUCUGGCAGUCUGUUUGCCACAUGCUCCGGGGACAAAACCCUCAGGAUGUACAACACCCGCGACUUCUCCGAGCUGCCCUUCUCACCGCUGUCAGGACAUGGAUACGGCGUCCACUGCUGUUGCUUCAGCGCCUGCGGACAGUUCUUGGCCUCAUGUUCGACCGAUGCCACCACAAUGGUUUGGUCCACCGUCACGGGUGAGAUCGAGGCCGUCCUGCAGCAUCCUGGUCGUAGUCCAGUGAGGAUCUGCGCGCUCUCUCUUGACUCUGCCCACCUGGUUUCUGGAGCAUCCGAUGGCACUUUGGCUCUGUGGGAUUUCCGCUCCAAACAGCUGCGCAGGACCGGAGCAGUGAGCGACACGACAAUGGUAGCCUGCUCCUUCAGCCCCUGCAGUCAGGUGUUCAUGACCGGCUCCACCUACGGAGACCUGCGUCUGUGGGACCUGGACAUGAACCAGCUCCAUGCGGAGAAAAACGCCCACGACCUGGGGGUCACCUGCUGCACCUUCGCUCCCAGCAUCCUCAGUGGCGGUCAAGUCGUGCAGUUCCGUCUGGCGUCCUGUGGGCAAGACAGUCUCCUGAAGAUCUGGACCAUUAACAAGUUCAUCUCUGGAGGCUAUAAGAUGCAGCUCCUGCACACGUUAACUGGCCAGUCGGCCCCGGUCCUCUCCUGUGCCUACUCCUCAGAUGGGCAGCUGCUUGUGUCUGGCUCUGUGGACAAAACUGUCACAGUCUAUGAUGCUAAGAAUGCAGUUUUGCUUUACACACUGAACCAGCACGAGAGAUACGUGACGGCAUGUUGCUUCUCUCCAACUUCACCAAUUAUCGCUACAGGAUCUAUGGAUAAGACUGUAAACAUCUGGAGGCUGGAGGAUGGGUGCAGUGACCAUGGUGGGAAGUCAUUACCUGACGGGUCUGAUCUGACAUCAAGUGAAGAGAGAACCUCAGCGGGUCGAUCCAAGCUGCUGGUCGGCGAUUGGUCGGAGGGGGAUGUGUCCGCGUGGCUGGUGGAGGAAGGCCUCGAGGGCUUGGUGGACAAAUUCAGGGCCAACAACAUAGAUGGGACAGAGCUGCUCGGUCUCACCAAGGAAACACUGGCGUCAGAGCUGCACAUAGAGUCAGUAGGCCUGCGCAGUAAGCUCCUGAGGAAGGUGGAGGAGCUGAAGAGUGAUUCAGUGUGUUCAGGCAUUCCUGAUGAGUUCUUGUGUCCGAUCACCAGAGAGCUGAUGAGGGAACCAGUCAUUGCUGCCGAUGGAUACUCGUAUGAGAGAGAGGCCAUCGAUAGCUGGAUCAAGACUAAGAACCGCUCCAGCCCCAUGACCAACCUCCCUUUACUGACGACUCUGCUCACCCCUAAUCGCACCCUGAAGAUGGCUAUUGGCCGCUGGAAGACCAACCACUAGCAUCUAAAAAGACCUUUGACCCACAGUGCCCCCAAAUAUUUCCCUAAAGUAGACAGAAACCACAGCAUUUCAGGGAUGGGUGCAAAUGAUUUGGUUCCAAAUGAGGCAUGUGCCCACUGUGGCAGCGUCUUUGUUUGCAUUCAUUUGUAAAGCUGCUAUUUCAAACCACUGGGGAGCAGAAUUGUAGCAACAAGUCAAAAUGUACUUUCAGUUUAUUACGUUUUAAUGGCCAUAACGUUUCAUGAAGUGGAUACAGAGCGAUAUGAGCAUCCCAGGGGAGUGCUACCUUAAGCCACCUGAAGAACGCUACUUUAAAGCGGCUAUAAUCAUAAUGAUUAUAAUAACAAAGUUUUACAGCAAGUUUAAAGGUAAUUUUUGCUUUCUGGUCUGCACAUUUACUGUUUCGGUUCACUCUCUCAUAAUGUUCAGCGAAACUGAAGAGCAUUGUUUUGUCAGUUUGAGAGCCAGAUAUUUCAGAGCUAAAUGAGAGUGACUAUUAGAUUCAUCAGGUGGCUACAUGCACGUCUGGAUGUGUUAAUAAGUUUAUAUCAACUUAUCAACUAUAUCAAAAGUGAUGAUAUGUCAAUGCCUCCAUCAAUCAGCUAUUAGGGUGAGUGGUUUGUCUUGGCUGAUAAUGACCAGUUUACUGGUUUGUUAAUCAAUAUAAAAACAGGAGUUCUGUAUAGAAACCACAUAAUAACAAAAAGGUAAACACUGUAGGCUCCUGAUUUAUGAAAAGAUAAAUAAAAACAAAGUCUAACAUCUUGAUAAGCCUUACCUUAAACAGGCAAAUUAGUUUAUCUUAAAAUUUGUUGUAUUUAGAAAUAUAUGUAUUUACAAAGAUAUUUCUAUAGCUUUAAAAUGACACAAAAGAAACAUUGAUUUGGAGGCCUUAUAUUAAUUGUUACCUUUCUUUGAUUGAAUAACCAGAAAACAAUGAGCUGUGAGCUGAAAGCUACAUACUGAGGUGUUCAUUUGCAGUUGGUCCAGGAACACCAAUUAAAAAUGAGUAAUGUUGGUUACCUAACUUAAAACACUAUUUGCACUAACUGCAGGUAAGCAUUACAUAUAUGUGCUCCUUAGACUGUCAUUGCAGGACCUUUGCUUGUUACAAGCCCUGUGGGACCGGUGCGUGGCCAAAGUAGUUUAGCGUUUAACUCUCCUUUGCAAGCUAACAUUCAGCAUUUAAUGAAAUGAAUGACAUCAAUGAAGAUAUUUCCGCCAUACUGAGAAUUUGCAACGUCCACAUUUUUAUCCAAGCGGUUUAUUUUGACGGCGUGAUUAAUUGUCUGUUUAGAUGAGUUAGGUUGUACAAGAAACCUUUUAUCCAUCCGUACACACUCUGAAGCGUAGGCAACAUUUUAUGGAUCACACUGUGAAAAAAGUAGAUGUAGAAAUGUAGUCCUCCAUUGAUACUUUAUUUGACCACAAUAAUAAUGUGGUAACAUUUUGUAAUCCAUAGAUGACUCUAAAAAGGGCAUAUGACAACUAUGGACAUACAGCGGUGUACAAAGUCUCUUAAGAAUUUCUUUCCUCGAUUGUUGCACGUGUAAAUGCUCUCUCUCUCUCUCUCUCUCUCUCUGUAUCCCAAUAAACCAAUAAACACGUUUUAUGAAUAUGCUCUCUGCUAUGCAAAAAUAAAUAACAUACUGUGAAUCUUGAAGCAAUCAAUUCAAUAUUAAAUUAUGACAAG